AUGCAGCUCAGCCUCCUCUUUCUCUCGUCGCUUGUGGCGGCGAGCCCCCUGACUUCGGUCGAGAAGCGCCAGGCGGCGACGCUCUGUGAGCAGUAUGGCUACUGGUCCGGCAACGGCUAUGAGGUCAACAACAACAACUGGGGCCGUGACGCGGCCACCGGGGGCUCCCAGUGCACCUACGUCGACAACAGCAGCGGCAGCGGCGUCUCGUGGCACGCGACAUGGCAGUGGAGCGGUGGCGAGGACAACGUGAAGAGCUACCCCUACGGUGGCAAGCAGGUUGCCAGGGGCCAGAAGAUCAGCGCCAUCAGCACCAUGGAGACGUCAGUGUCGUGGUCCUACAGCGACACCAACAUCCGCGCCAACGUGGCGUACGAUGUCUUCACGGCGGCGGACCCCGACCACGUCAACAGCAGCGGCGACCAUGAGCUGAUGAUCUGGCUUGGGAGGUUCGGCAACGUCUACCCCAUUGGCUCCUCCACGGGCACCGUCAACGUUGCUGGCCGCACCUGGGAGCUGUUUGUCGGCUACAACGGCGCCAUGAAGGUGUACAGCUACGUUGCGGCGAGCCCCAUCAACAGCUACAGCGCCAACGUCAAGGAGUUCUUCAACCACAUGGAGAGCGCCCAGGGCUUCCCGGCCAGCGAGCAGCACUUGAUUGUCUUCCAAAUGGGAACCGAGCCCUUCACCGGCGGCGAGACCACCUUCACCGUCGACAACUUCUCGGCCAACAUCUCCUAAGCAGCACGGUGCCGUCUUGGCCAGCGAAGAGGGUGGAAGUUGUUAAACUAUUCGGCAUCAGGGAAAUUGGAUUGUAUUUGGUUCUGAUGUUGAAGCUCGCUUCACUUGUUGGCUGUCU